AUGGAGGCUAAUGCGAACGAGGCCCCACAAGAGCCCAAGAACCCUUACCUCGAUUCUGACUUUGACUUUGGAAAAGAAAAUGCCUUCAUGUUGAACGAAGUGCAGAACGACAUCGCCUUCAAUUUGAAUAAAAUCCAGCAGAAAUAUAUUUACUCCAAAAUGGCAAAGAUGUACAGAUGCAUGGCUGAUUGCGAAGAGACAGAAAGUCGCGUUCGAGAGAUUCCUCGUUGCCAGGCCGAGUGCUCGGAGAAGUUUGUCACUCCUGCGCGGCGCAUCAUCGAGGCCGAAGUCGACAGAGUCAACAACAUGAUCAAUUUUGAAUUGGAUGAGUGCAUCCAGACGGCGCGUAGCACCAUUUACUCGGACAGUUUUAAAGAAGAAAACCGAGAAGCUGUGAAUAACGAAUAUAUGUUCUGCAACAAGAUCGCAUUGUCUGCCUUUAGCUCGCUCGUAAAGGGUGGCAAGUUUCUGGAGAAAGUCGGCAAUAGACUCGAAGCAGAAACGCGAAGGGAUGCAAAACUCGCCCAGACUGCCAAGAAGAGGCGAUAG